AUGCCCACAGUCGUCCAAUUCCACCGCACUCUCGCGAUUGAGGGCAAUGUCCAGGCACUGAGGCAUGCUUCCAAAGACGAACAAUCCGACAACAAGAAAUCUGAGGCCGAGUCUCUAUCACGUCUCUGCCACCGCGUGGUCACCGAGUUCCUGCGCAGGACAGGCACUGCGAUGCCCACCUUUGAUGGCGCCGCGUUCGGCGACGAGGUCGACCGUCUGACAUUCAAGGAAGUUGCGGCUUGGGACAUCGGUGACGCGUCGCCUCGGCGGCUGCACCACCACGUCGUGACGGCUAUCAACAAUGCGAAGACGGCGUACGCUCACACAUCUAUCGCAACGCAGGUACACCUCGCGCAGUGGACGGCGCUGUGCAUCUGUGUGGACGACUUCGAAAUUAACAAGGACGCCGUCGCCGCAUUUGCGGAACGAUUCCACGCAGGCCAGGUGCAGCUGCACCCGCUCCUCGACGUGCUUGUGGGCAAGCUGCGUGAAAUGCCGAAGUUCUUCCACCCGUACGGUGCGGCGUCGAUUGUCGCGAACACGAUCCAGUACAUUGUCUGCACGCUGUUCGACAAGGAGUCCGAAGGCAUGGUAGUGCAUCCCGCGGCACGCGACUACCCUCUUUAUAAGCGGUCUCGUAACGGCAUAGGCGAGGCGUUUACGUUCUGCGCAUUUGAUAAAGUGCACUUUCCGGACGUGUCGACGCACAUCCAAGUGAUCCCCGAGGGAAUUUCAUACUUUGCCUAUGUCAACGAUAUUCUCUCGUUCUACAAGGAAACGCUCGCCGGCGAGAAAAACAACUUUAUUCACGACCGCGCCCGUGCCACGGGUAAAGAUAUCGAGGGUUCUCUAAUUGACACGAUGGAAGACGCUAUCGACCUCGUGAACAGAGCUCGGCAGAUCCUACAGGGAGAGAAGGAGAAGAAGGCGUGGGAGAGCUGGGUUGUGGGCUAUGUGACAUUCCACUUCAUCUCGCCGCGGUAUAAGUUGAAGGAGCUUUUUCACGGGGCCGAGUAUUAGGCUUGUAUGCGUGGUGUAUACUGAAUUUUU